AUGACACUUCCAAACCGGUGGGAGACAUUUCCGAUUCACAUCUCCACCCCACACAUCCUCGUAACCAUGCAAGUCUUGUUCGCUGCCAUCGCCGCCGUGGCUGUUGCCCAAACCACCACCGACCAUCAUGGCAACAUGACUUCCAACGUCACCACCUCCGGCCCCACGACCAUCGUCAAGCCGGCCACCACUUCCACCACUUUCACCGCUACGACGACCAAGGCGGUCACCACGGCGGCUCCUACGACCACAAAGUCUUCGUCCGCGUCGGCUGCGUCCGUGGUGGCCAGUGUCGCGAUCGUCGCUGCGUGGGCUGCUGUCCAGUAA